AUGAUAGCCAUAAUAGCAGUGAUUCUGCCGCUGGUGGAGAGCCAGUCGUUUGAAAACGUCCACGUUGGAUUCCCUGACACGUGGAAUGGCGAUAGGUAUCGAGAGUUGUACUGCCCAAGCAAGAACAUACCCAAAUUUUUAGAUGGGUUUUUCUUAUGUCAACUGUCCGCAUCAUAUGGUAACUCGUCCGCUGCACCCGGUCGAAAGUUAAAUCAUAUGAUUGACGCUAUAGGAGCUAUCGGCUCUUUUCACAUUAGCAAUGGGCAAGUCGUGUUCUCGUCCCAGUAUUAUCCUUCCCGUCCCUACAAAAUUUGGGAGUUCUACGAUCGGAACAUGAGUAAGUCGAACGUACCAUGGGCAGGAUGGUCCGAUUACAACUUAACUGCCAUGUCAAGAUGGGAACAGAUUCCCAGCAACCCGGAUUCGGCCCGUUUUCAUCCUAAUCUUGAUUUUUGGAGGAUCGGUAAGCGAAUUCUCGCUGGUACAGAAGCACCUUACUGGAUCGGAUACGAGAUAGACGUGCAAAACCUCAACAACUUCAAACUUUUCGAAUUUACCGAAGACAACGAUAUUUUUGCAUCACCUCGUCCGACAAUGAUACCAAUUUCAAUGGCGAUUCAUGAGCGAAACGAUCCUGAUGGAACGAUUUGGGGGUCAUUCUCAGCUAUGAACUUCGAGGAACAGCGAUUCGUGCAGGGCAUUUUCACAGUCGAUGCCCACGGAGUUCGCCGUGUGGUUGGGCUGUACGAUUAUGGCGCAUGGGACCCUGACGCAUGCGGAAAGAAUGAUGAAUACAUUGGUGACAAAACUCUGCUUCCUGGUUAUAUUCAUUCAAUUACGUCUACUGAGAACUACUUGAUCAUUCCACUAACUUCGCUGCUGAUCAAUCCAUGCAAAUUCAAAGAGCCCCCAGUUUCAAAUGGACACGAUAAUAUUCAGAAAGGUGGCCUUUGGGGCAUGGAUUUCUACGAUAUGGUGCCAUUAAGAUUUCUGGUUUUCAAUAAGAAAACUCGAGAAUUCUCAUCAAAAGAGCCAUUGGAAGUAUUUCCGUCGAUGUUUGUCACUCACCAGCUUAAUGCCUACGAUUCUCCUGACGGGAACAUUAUAGCGGACAUGGUGGUGUACGAUUCUCAUGACCCGUAUGUCAAAUAUUUCUACACCGACUUCCUCACAUCACAGCUUUAUCCAAGCACUGCAAGGAUUCUUCGUUUUACCCUAGAUCUCAAACAUCGCCGAGUAAUGUACAACUAUCUCAUACCGCAAGAGACUAUUGCUGCAGAUUUUCCGCAGUUUAACCACAAAUUGGAGCAGAAGCCCUAUCAAUGGACAUAUAUCGUGGAACAUCCAUUCGCGGCAGGCAAUCGUAUUGUUAAGAUAAACGUUGAUGAGCCGUCCGGUUCACGUAAUCAAGAGCUCAGAGCCGACAUUAGCCUUGUGCUUCACGAGCCGUGGUUUGUGCCUAGACCAGACUCGAGAAAAGAAGACGACGGAGUUCUUCUCAUUCGAGCCCUUGAUGUCGUUGAAAAUAAAGCGCUGCUUCUCGUGAUCAAUGCCGAAACUAUGAAAGAGAUUGGCAGAGCGUUUGUUCCCAUAUCCAUUCCAUUUGGUUUUCACAACAGGUUUUACUCAAAACAGGAACUUGGUCUACCGGAAGGUUUCUCCGUGCACAAUGUUGUGAAUCAUUUCAGGCCAUCCGAAACUAAAAUGGGCUAUGUGACACUUCCUCUGAGAACAUUCACUUCUUCUCGUCCUACUACGAAGAGCACCACCUCUGCUCCAUUAACACAAACAACCUCAAGAACUGAAUCAGUGCGAGUAGAAUCAGUGAAAAGCGAAAUCCCAGUGACUGUUACGACUCAGGCGUGGUUAUCACCGACUACGCAAAACAGAACUACAGCAGCCGCUGCUACCACGGGGCUGUCAACAGCUAAAAUUCCCCGCUGGUGGCCUUUGGGUACAACUGUUGAACCGUUAUGGUGGCAAAAUGUGAAGGACCUGCAGAAUAAAGCUGUUCCUACAAUACCAAACAAGAAGAUUUCUGCGAAUACUUCGAUCUUUCCCAACAACGGAAUCAAUUCUACUGCCGAGGUUAUCUAUUCUGAGACACUUGAAGCUCUGUGCAGCUGGUUGCCAAAAGUUUUUACAUCAAUUACCAGCGAAUUGUGCCUACGUCAAGGAAAAAAAGCAGCACAGUAA